GUACUACAUUUAUGUUAUGCUAGCGCUCGUUAGGCCACCAUACGGCAUGCAUAGAAUUGCUGGUGCAGAUUAAUUAACUGUAGAUGAAUAGAAGAACAAAACUCAAUACUUCUCAUGUAUUAUAUCAACUUUGAAAUUGCUUGACCAAAAAUGAAUUGUCUUUUUUGCAAAAAUUCAAAACACGCUGUUGAAAAUGUGGAAAAAGAUGUGCUGUGUUGAAAACAGAGCGCUUGGAAUUAAAUGCGCUGAAAUACAACUUUGUUGAAUUUUUUCUUGCUGCUUUCGUUGGUAAAAUGAACUCAAAAUGCAGUGUGUAGCAGAAAAAUAACAAUCGUUCUUUGCAUAGAUACGUUUUUGUAAAUUUAAAUUUUUACGUGUGAAGUGAAUUUCGGAAAAGAGCUUUACCUAACACAUCAUGAUAACAUAAAGAAUAAAAAAUUGUAUAUUGUAUUAUCAUCAAUAAUAUUUUUGCUGUCACUGACUAUAACGCCGUUUUUGCAAUCAUUGCCGUGGACUAACGCCCUUGCACAGCAACAAUUAAAGUAAUUGUGAGCAAUGAAGAAGAGCGAUUAAAAGUAAUUAACGGAACUAGCUGAGAACGAAAAUGAAAACCAUUCAAAAAUAGUGUGCUCAAAUCAAUUUCAUCUAUUUUGAAUUUGUAAAAAGCUCUAAGUAAUAUAUACAUAUACAUUUUACAUUUCGCAAAUUACAGUGAACCAAAUUUAGAGCAGCAACUUGAAUAGAAUAAAAGUUUCCAAGAAAAAACUGAAUCAACAGUUUAGACCGACUCAAGUCGAAGCUCUUCAGCUCCUCCAAAAUUUUUAUUUCCAACUGGAAACAAUUUUGUUGAUCACCUCGCUUACGAAUACCUCGGCCAGCUUAUUUUUUGCAGCGUAGGGCGCACACCAUGACUGUGAUGGCCGAGGGCGCUUAUGAUGAACCUUCCCUCGUAUCGCUGCCACCCGCCCCUUCCUCCCCUCGUCGCAGCCCCUCGCCUCUCGACCUCAGGCGAGGGGAUCAAGUGCCUCGACUCCCCUUCAGCAUUUCGUCCCUUCUUUCUACGUCCCUUUCAUCCCACCUGGGAGCCGCCAGGGAUCUUCUCGACAGAGAUCGAGGUGUUCUCAGCAGAGAGCAGGACCUUCUUAUAAGAGAUAGAGAACUUCUCGACCGUGACCGAAAGUUGCUGGACCGAGACUUUCUUGAGAAAAAUCGUGAGUUUUUAGAUCGUGAUCGUGGUAUCCUGGACCGCAACAGAGGGCUUCUGGAACGGAGCUCGAACAUGCUGGAUCGGGACAUCCUCGAUCGGGAAAUCUUGGAUCGGAACCGUGGGUUGCUAGACCGCGAUCGGGACCGGCAAAGAGAGAAGCUUUUGGGCCAGGAGCUUACGGUUAGGAGGGACAGGGAACUGCUUCAGGAUGACCAGCAAAACCACAGUGAAAGUGAAGGUGAAGCGGCCGCUGAAGAUGAAGGUAUCGCUGCUGAAGAAGACGAAGAAGACGACCAUGAUCGGCCAGAUGAUGAGAGCAACGGCGACGAUGAGGACCAAAACGGACGUUUCCAGCCGUACUCUUACACACACAUGCCCUUCGCUGCAGGACUUCUACCACAUCUUCAGGGUCUCUUGCCCCACUUGGGAGGACUUGGUGCCCACGGGCUAGGAAGUGGGCUAAUGGGAGGCCCAGGAAGUGUUAUCAGAGUUCCUGCACAGCGACCUCCCCUUGGGGGAUCCCUUGUAUCUUCGAUGGGGGGGUCUACGCUCCCAUGGUUCGCAGGGCUCACUCCCCUGGAGCGCACGGCAGCCAUGGCGCACCACCUCUCAACUCUGGCUCCCAUGGCAGGUCCCUUUGGGUUCCCGCGUCGCAUCGGCCACCCUUACCAGUCCCGCACGCCCCCCAAACGCAAGAAGCCCCGAACCUCCUUCACCAGAGUCCAG